AUGGCAGCGAAAACAGUCGCAGGGACUCUAAGAACAUCUUUGGGUCCUAAGGGUUUAGACAAACUUCUUGUUAGUCCGGAUGGAGAUGUAACGGUUACUAACGAUGGGCGAACAAUUCUCGAUAAAAUGGAUGUGGAGCAUGAAAUUUCCAAAUUACUUGUUCAACUUAAUAGGUCUCAAGAUGAUGAGAUAGGAGACGGUACUACGGGUGUUGUUGUCCUCUCAUGUGCACUUCUAGAACAGGCUGAACAAUUACUUGACAAAGGUCUUCAUCCAAUUCGCAUAGCAGAUGGCUACGAACUAGCUGCAAAACAUUGCCUUUCCACCCUAGAAGAGAUCAGUGUUCAAUUCGAAUUUUCUGUCGAAAAUCGAGAACCCCUCAUGAAAACUGCUAUGACCACUCUUGGGUCGAAAAUUGUCAACCGUUGCCAAAGAAUGUUUGCCGAAAUGGCAGUCGAUGCCGUUUUAUCAGUCGCUGACUUGACACGUCGUGAUGUGGAUUUUGAACUCAUCAAAGUUGAGGGAAAAGUUGGUGGUAGACUUGAAGAUUCAUUGUUGGUGAAAGGUCAUAAAAUAUUCUCUUAUUCAUUGACAACUAUUAAACAGGUGAACAAUAAAUACUUGUGUGUAGAAAAAAGAAUAGGGACUGGAUAUUAA